AUGGCAGAUGCCCUUUACGAACUUCUACAACCUCAUCUCGUAUCGACGUCUCAAUCACCAUCUUCAUCCCCAGAAAUCUCUACAUAUCUGUCCCGCCUCGUCUCCCUCCGUCUCAGCGACUUGACUACAACAGAGCCUCAGUCACUCAGUCAAUCAGCACAGUCCAACCUAUUCUCGAUCCAGGCACUGAGUUCUCGGUCUCACCGAACGACGACUACCUCAUCAGACCACCUAAGUAUUCUCCGGUCGUCACUCCCGCUUAUAUCAAGAUCCGCCGAAUCGAUCAAGAAUGCGAUCCCUGAACUGGAUACUCGUGCCGUGAAGUUCGCCUCGACUUAUAGCAAGUCCAAAGAGGAAAGCACUACUGGAGGCAGUGGAAAUGCCCUCCUUACCACUCGAAAGGAGUCCGCCCUUCUCGCUCGGCAAGCGGACAAAGCUCAGGACAUCCUGGAGCUUCCAUCUCUACUCUCUGCGGCGAUUGCCUCAGCCCAUACUACAUCGGCGGCAUCAACGAAUUCGGCAUCCUCCGGCACCAGCGGCGCGAAUUAUACCCAAGCCCUCGAUCUUUUCGCCCAUAUCAAACGUCUUCAGGUUCUCUAUCCUGACUCCCAGCUGGUGAAGUCUGUACUCGCCGAUGCCCAAAAUGCCAUGAAGGACAUGACAACGAACCUGAUUGCUAGUCUUCGGAGCCAGAAUCUUCGCCUUGCUGCUGCUAUACGGAUGAUCGGUUGGUUACGACGCGUGGCGCCAGAGCUGUCAACUAGUACAACAAUGGGCUUGCCAUCAGCAGGUUCUCAGACUAAUAAGCACGGCCCAUUGGCACCGACACUGACCUCGCAACUUGAACUAGGCACGACUGCAUCGUCACACCAGGACGAAGGUCACUUUGGCGCCCUGUUCCUGGUCUCUCGGCUAUGCACGUUCCUGAAUAUGAUCGAGGCUCUUUCUCCACUACGCGAUCUCGCCGACCAAGAGACAUUGGCACGGAAAGAAGCCGCCAGCUCCGGAUCAAGUUCCCAGAAGCAUCUGACGCCCUCAAGUACAACGCGACCCCUACCAAACCGCAAGUCCUCUUCCGGAGGAGGCUAUAAUCCCUCUCUGGCUGGCCAACAAACGGAACGCUAUCUAAAACGAUUCAUUGAAAUAUUUCGCGAACAGUCCUUUGCGACAAUAAGCAUGUACCGCAACAUCUUCCCGGAGGACGAGCAACCACAGGUGCCGCAAUCCUUCUCCUCUGCAACUACCCCAGCAGCGUCGCUAGAUCUAUCCCUCACGCUACCUUCAGCCCUGCAGACAUUCCCAUUGUACUUGAUUGACAUAUUCAUUUCAACGCUCAAACAAUACCUUCCGAACGUGACAGACACCACAGCGAGGGAGAGCUUGCUGAUGCAGGUGCUCUACGCGGCAAAUUCGCUAGGCCGGCUAGGUGCGGACUUCAGCCUCAUGAUAGCGGAGCUAGAUGACCAUGAAGACGAAGACGAAGACGUCAACCAGGGCGAGAACGCAGCUGAGGUAUCCGCAGAAAGUGUGGCCGAGGAUACGAAAGCCACUGUGGACGAAGACGAGGCCACAACACCGAACAUCAGGCAUGACCUCAGUGGCCAGGCGGGCGCCGAGGACAGAACAACAGCGGCAGCACCGGCGGCGACAGAGACGAGGACGAAAUCCCCGCCUGAGCCGGAAUGGAUAUCCGUUAUCCGGAAACACCGCGUACAAGCGGCCAGGCUGGAAGCUCUGGCUGCGGGACAAGAAAGAGGCGACCAUGUCCAGAGACAGGGUUCUGCGGACGUCGCUGUGCGAUAG